AGUGCGCAUGCGUGUAGUAGUAGUCUGACAUUCCGGUUACAUGCUUUUAACUUUGCCAUGAGAUAUAAACAAUAAAAAUAAGAGAUUUUUGUGUGCAUUAUUUUUUAAUAUAUUGUUAUUAUCCCGACAAACAAUGAUAGCAGCAACAUUAGUUUGAAAAAACGACUUUUAAUAAAUCAGCUGUAUUAAAAACCACUAUAAAGACGAGAGCUGCUUUAAUGUUAGUGUUCAUUCAUCAGUGAUCCUGGGUCCUGCAAAAUCUAUUCACUAAAGAAAUGAGGACAAUUCAGAAGCUGAUCAACAUUAGCAGGACAUCAGUGCGCAUUCUUUCCCCAUCACUGAAUGCACACUGGACCGGGAUGUUGAGACGAAGUUGUUCCAGUUCCUCGUCAGAGAAACAGGUUCCUAGUCCCUCCAUACUGAGGCAUCUGGUGUCCAAAAUCACAGCCACAGGUCCCAUCACGGUGGCUGAGUACAUGCGUGAAGUCCUCACUAACCCAGUCUCGGGAUAUUACGUGAAGAACGACAUGCUGGGAGCUGAUGGAGAUUUUAUCACAUCACCAGAAAUAAGCCAGAUUUUCGGAGAGUUGCUUGGGAUCUGGUGUGUAAGUGAGUGGAUGGCUGCAGGAAAACCCAAAACAUUUCAGCUUGUAGAACUCGGACCCGGACGAGGCUCCUUGACCAGUGACAUUCUGAGGGUCUUCAGUCAGUUGCAGUCAGUUCUGUGUGGAGCGUCAGUGUCUGUUCACCUGGUGGAGGUGAGCCCAAAGCUAAGUGAAGUCCAGGCUCACUGUCUGGUUGGAGAAACCGCUCAGGUGUGUGUGAGUGAUGAAGAAUCUGUGUAUCGCACUGGCACAACACACACCGGCAUUCCUGUGUCGUGGUACCGCAUUAUAGAAGACAUUCCCAGAGGCUUCAGUAUAUUCUUGGCUCAUGAGUUUUUUGAUGCUCUGCCCAUUCACAAGUUUCAGAGAACAGACAAGGGUUGGAGAGAGGUGAUGGUUGAUAUCGACCCCGACAAACCCGAUAAGCUCAGAUUUGUGGUGUUUCCUGCUCCUACUCUCGCAUCUACUACACUCAUACAAGAGGAUGAACAGCGGCAGCACGUGGAGGUUUGCGCCGAAGGCGGAGUCAUUGUUCAGAAGCUGGCCGAUCGGAUCUUGGAGGACGGGGGUGCAGUGCUGAUCGCAGACUACGGUCACAAUGGAACGAAGACGGACACGUUCAGAGGUUUUAAAGGACACAAACUGCAUGAUGUGCUGGAGGCUCCAGGCACCGCAGACCUGACUGCAGAUGUUGACUUUAAUUAUCUGAGGAAGAUGGCUGGAGAAGCGGUGGUCUGCUUUGGACCCAUCACACAGAGAGCGUUUCUUAAGAACAUGGGCAUCGACACACGCCUGCAGGUCCUGUUGAGAAGCUGUAACGACCCCUCCACCCGAGCUCAGCUGUUUCACGGCUACAGCAUGCUGACUGAUCCGGAUAAAAUGGGCCACAGGUUCCAGUUCUUGUCGUUGCUACAUCCCAGUCGCUUGGUUCAGCCGGAGGAGGAGAAAGGAAUGGUGAUGAAGAAGAGGAAGGACACGACACCCCUUCCUGUCGCUGGAUUCACUGAACUCGGACUAAACUGAGAGCAGACUCUAAUCCCGUUGCUUCUUUACAGUAAUGCAGAAACUGUCCUACAGUGUAUACUUACAUUUAUGUACUUCUCUUGUGCUGUGUGUUUAUACUGAGAAAAACAAACACAAGCAGUACAGUAAGAUAAAGUGUCAGGAAAUGGAUUAUGUUUGCUGAGCAAAAGAAGUAUUGUGAAGCACAUUGUUUUCUACUAAAAUAUCCAAUUAUCCACCCUGGACGAGAAGUGAAGAAGCUCGUACAGAUAACAGAGUGCCACACAGGCUAGCAGUGAGUUUUUCUGUAACGCCGAUUAUGUUUCUGUAUGGAAAGUCUAAAUGUAAAUGAACUGUACAAAUAAAAAUACACGGCACAGGGAGGACUGAUGCUUAAUUGGCUCUAUUGGAUUUUAAAGUAGAUUAUGGUUAUAUUACAUUUCUCAAUGUGUAAUUUGGUCUUUAUUUGUUUGCUGCAUGGAGUUUAUGUUGAAGAGAGUGUUAUGUCUAGGUUCGUGUUGCUCAUCAGACUAUGCCUUCAUGAUAGAAUCUAAUUUUGCUGCUGAGCAAUUUUCCUAAAUUAAAUCACGUUUUAUAGAAUCCUCUAAACACCGAAUCACUGAAAGCUUUGGGCAAACUCUGCAACUCAGUUGGGGUUCUGAGAGCAUCACACUAAUGUGUCAGAGAUGCUGUGAAGCAAAUGCAAGGAUUUUCCACUGUUUGAAUAUUUCUGCUGUUUAUAUAUAGUAUAUAAAUGUGACAAUGUCAAGCUACAUUAUAUACUAUAGCCAUGAGGGAAUGAACUUCAUCUUCUGAUCUGUCCAGCAGUAUGAUGCAAAAAAUAAAGCUCAUAGA